AUGUCUUUAACAAAUUUACCACCUAGAGUUGACCCCGUUGACCAUGUUGACGAACUUAUUAUUUCAGAAAAACGCUCUGAUGUUGAACAAGUUCUGGAACAAACACUGCAAGAACUACCUGCAAAAACAGGUAUUAAAAAAGGUUCUGUAAAAGGCGUUAAAAAGCGCAAAAAGACUGAAAAUGAGUCAAUGUCAAAAUCGAAACUACGAAAGGUUCUGAGGAACACGGGGCAAGAAUAUGUGACUAAAAAAGGAAAAAUUGUAAAAGCAAAAAUAUUUGAAGACAAAGAUUGUGGCUGCUCAAAGCGGUGCAUGACUAAAAUAACGAAAGAACAAAGGGAAAAAUGUUUUGACAAAUUUUGGAAAAUGGGCGAUUUUGGGAAGCAAAACGCAUAUCUUAGUGGAUUGGUAACGCGUGAAGCUGUGAAACAGCAUCGACCAAGGCUCAAUUGCACUAAUCGUGGGCCCAAAGGCGUCACUUACCAAUAUCGUAUCAAUGUUGGACGUGUGAGCAAGCAGGUUUGUAAGAAAUAUUUUUUGCAGACAUUUCUUGUUUCUGACGGCAGAUUGUCUAGAGCAUUGAGGAAAGAAGAAAAUGAGAAAGAACCCAGUGAAGAUUUAAGGGGUAAAAAGCCACCUGCAAACAAAACGAGUGAAGAGCAACUGAGUCGAGUACGAGAUCACAUUAAUAAGUUCCCGAGGUAUGACAAUCAUUAUAACGUUAAUUCAAAGGGAAAAUAUCUAAAGUACGAUCUAAAUGUAAAAAAAAUGUAUGGACUGUAUGUUGAACAUUGCCAAUUUAAUAACUUACCUUACGUGAAAGAAAAUAUAUAUAGGAGUGUUUUUAAUGAGGACUUCAGUUUGACAUUCUUGUCGCCACGACGUGACCCAUGUCAGCAAACCCGAACUUCACAGACUCACAUGCAUCGUAAAAAAAGUUGCAAGGCUGAUGAUGCUGCCAUUAAUAAUACUAACUUAAUUUUGCAAGGAAUGAGGCCACCAGUGCCGCCUCCACCUCCACAUCAUUCCAAAUUUCCAAUGGCUCCCCAGCUUUUCUGCCAAACCGACAAUAAAUGUGGAUAUAAUCAUCUCAGCGCUCAACCCAGCAUACCUCAAGAGAAACCCUCUUCGUAUAGCCAUCCCUCAUGCCAAGCCAUACUGCCAAACACAAAUCCGUUUUUUACUCAAGAUCAGAGUGUUCAUCAAUUUGCGAAUCAAACUCCUAGCUUCUUUAAUUUGUAG